CAGGGACUUUAAUUACAGGAACAGUGCGGACGACCUUAAAGAAAAGCGCUAGGAGGCGGGAGGGUCGCACAGUGGCUCGGGGGCUGACAUAGCUGUUCAAGCCGCUUAUUUUUUGAGACGGAGGAAAAACUUUCUCAUCACUACGUGCAGGAAACGAGUUGAGCCAGCCCCUCUGUAGACGCACAUCAAGAAAAAAAGAGGAAGACAGUAAAAAGAACUUAUUGUACUUUCCGCAGUGAAAGCUGCCUACCGUCCGAGCCGAACUCAGGGGAGUUUCUCUUCGGCUCCCGAGCACCUGGAAUGUGCCUCCGGUAGAUAAAGACAAGGACAAGAACCUGAAACUAUGCAGGGCGGCAUCUUUCAAGUCUGUUUUUUUGUCACAGCAGCGAUUCUCAAUCGUCCUUUCUUGUUCCCAAAGGAAAAUGCCACCAUUCCUGAACGGGAUGAAGAAAUCAUCACCCGGAUGAAAGAGCAUGAGAAGGCAUAUGAAAUGGAGAGAGCUCGGCUUGAGCAAGAAGCAGCCAAAAUGAAUCAAGCCGAGGAAAAGCCAGUGGUGGAGGAUUUUAACCAAAGCUGGGAUUUCUGGAGUGCUGUGUCCUUAGUUACAUUUUUAAUGAUUGAGAUAUGGAGACAAGACUUCCAGGAUGGCAACAACCAAGAUUCAAGUUCUGAAGAAGAGGACUAUCUUUCUUUUGGAAAUGUUGCCAAAAAAAUGAUCCUUCCAGACAAAGGUGUACUGGCCAGCUUUCAUGACAGCUGCAUUGGUGUCUCUGGAACAGAAUUCUGGAGAAUGCGGGAGUUUGUUGAAAGCUUUGCUGAUGAUCUUUUAGAAGCUUUGAGGAGUACCUGUAACAGGGAUGCAGACAUGGAGGUUGAGGACUGCAUUGGUAUUGGAAGCAUGUAUGAAAACUGGAAAGUGGGCAAGCCAAUGCUUUGUGACUUGAUUGUACCUUUUACUCCACCAGAGCCAUAUCGCUUUACUUUUGAGCACUGGUGCAGCCCUGGAAAUGACGUUCCACCCACCUGGCAAGGAUGCGGUAGAAUCAAAAUCGUAAACGCAAAUGAGGAUAAGCUCGAUUGCCUCUGUGGUAGGACCAACCUUGGAGAGGACAUGCUGUGUUUACUGCAUAGUAAAGCUGAGAAGGUCAAAACCAAAAAUACCACGGAUGACCUACUCUGCUCAAAGGAUACCACUUACUUGGCCAAAGAUCAAGUCAUGAAAUGGUUUCAAAUUUCUAUAACUAAAGCUUGGAACCAAAUCUCCCACAAACAUAAAUUUGACUUGACAUUCCACAGUUUGGAUUCACCUGGAGCUAUAAAAGUCAAAUUUCAGUCAGGUAAGGUCAUUGUGUUUAAUAUCACACCAGUAGUCCAGUAUGAAGACACCGAUGCCUAUUUGUUGUCUCAUUUUGAGAGUUCUAAUAACAACCUUUCAGAUAUUUAUUGGCCAAUGACUUUUGCUGUCUACGAAAAGAACUUGUUUAAAUUCUUUGCUAAGAAUCUUCCCAGCAAUUCAUGUCACCUCAGCUGCCUUCAGAUUGUUGCUUUCCUGCACAAGAAACAGUGCAGCCUUACAGGAAAGAGUGGCCUCACAAGCUACCACCUGAAGACCACAUUGCUGCAUCUGCUUCUGAGCAAACUGCCCGCAGAGUGGCAUUCUGAUCAACUUCAGAAGAGACUGCGAGACAUUCUCAUGUUUCUCGAGAAGAGUCUUCAGGAGAAAAAGCUGUAUCACGUUUUAAUUGGAAACCACAAAGUUCCAAAGUGGUUGAACAUCCCAACAGUAUUUCGAGAGGCAGAGCCACUUAAUCUGUUGAGGCCCCUUCUGCUGAAGGGAGAUCUGUACGUCAAGACGGUGGACACUUUCCAGGAGAUGCUGAAGAAUGCUCCUGUCUUGAUACAAGAGUACAUGCCACAUUUUCCAAAUGGGAUUACCCAUCUUCAGUGAAUGCUGCCCUUUUAAUGCCUCCGUUUGUAAAAGAACAGUCUCUAGGUAUCAAUGUCUUGGUUUACAGUACAAGAUGAUACGGCAGACUUGCACUUUUUUGAUUGCUUUAUGAAACUUUUUUUUUUAUAUAAGUAGUUGUUUCGCACAUAUUUCUUAGCCAAAGUGUUCUUAUGAGUACAUUUGCUUAUUUGCUCACGAUGAGCAGUUUUGAAAUUGGUCAGAAUGCAUUGCCUCAGAACAUGCAUUUCCUUUUAUAGCUCCCAUUGGUGACGAAAGCUGACCAUCCAGCAAGCUUGUAGAGUAUUCAAUUUUUUUUUAAUCAGUAAUGCUUUUAAAUAUCACUGCCUUAUUCUAUAAAAACGUACGAAUGUUGCUCUGAAAGGAAAUCCACUUUUAACCCCUUAGCAGAGCCCAUUCAAUCAGAAUGUGUUGUACUUUAUGCAAACCUUUCUACCACAUUAUUGUCUGCAGUCAUAACCAAAAUGCUAUCAGAAUUACAAGAAGUAUUGUUGGGUACUUAGUUCAUUAUAAGAAAUUCAUUUGUAGUAUAGCAGGUAACCUGAUGACUUAUCUGUCUGGGAUGUUAUACUAUCUUUAUUCUGUUAUAUGCUUUUUGCGUAUUUUCAAACUCAGGGGUACUUAGUUGUUUUGAAAUGAGUCAUUGGAUGAGAAAAAUGAGAAAUUAGUGGUCAUGUUGUUCCAGAACCAUUACCAGAACUCAAGAUACUUACAUGGCUCUCAAUCUGCCAGACUAUCAGAGUAUCAGUCAGUUUUUUUUUUAUAAAUUGUUGUUAUAAAAGUUAGGGUUUCGUAAUCCUGGGCUCAUGUGCUCUCAUGUCCUGCCACACAUCUCUGUGAGGUCAAUUGAACCGCAGCCUCUAAAUUGACUGUGCCUUUGUAGUUACUUAGAUCACAGUUCAUCAUUGUGAAGAGUCUUUUGAACCAAUCACUUACUAUCGAUAGGAGACAGACAGGACUGACAACACCUGAACCUGGACUUAACGAGGAAACCGGAGGGGAAAUCUGAAAUUGUAUUUGAUCAUUUGAUGAAGGCGAUUCAUUUGUUUAGUUUUGUAUCUGACAGAUGCAGAGAUGAGGUGAGGUGAGGUUAGGAGCAGACGCUGAUACAGCGCAUUGCCGUACCCACCACAUGACAAACCAACUCAGGAUCCCAGAUUAGGACCUGAGUGCA